AUGCCACCUCCGAAGGCUUCGAAGCCAAGGAAGGGCAAGAGCGAAAGGCAAAGGGGAAAAUCGAGUCUUACAUCAGGAGGAGAUGCCGCCCCGGUGCCUGACGAGGCGCCUCUCCCCGAUCCGAUUGGCAGUCCUCCGGUCCAUGCUUUCUCACGGAGCGAGCGAGAUGAUCGACAUGACGGCCUUGCGGUGAACUUUCAGACCCUUCCGGAUGAUGUUCUGGGCCAGAUCCUUCCACUACUCGACCUCAGAGAGCUGCUGAGGGUACGGGAGGUAUCCCGAGAGUCCAAAUCAAGAAUCGAUCGCCUAGGCAUUCCACUGUACCUUGCGCGGCAUCCCCAGCAUCACAUUACCUUAUCUUGCCGGCCGAGCCAAUGGGAGCCACUCGAGCUGGUCAAGCAUCACCGCCACAUUACAAAUUCCCUCCAUGCUCGUCGGUGGCACGCUUUGCAGGUCGGCCAGACCUGGGUGCAGGCGGCGAUCCCAACGCUGAACCUCACGUCUGAGGCGCUCAUACUAGGCGUGGGUGGUACGCUGGUGAUCCACCCUCUGUCGCCGAAUGGAGCGGGACGGUCGGUCGGGCGGGCCAAAGAGUACCCGGUGGCGCCAAAGUUCUCUGGAAGCAGAGCCGACAUUGUCGGCGUGCAUGUCCUUCCGGAUAGCCAGCUCGCGGUCGCCCAGUACGAUGGGGUCGUGCAGCGUUUCAUGGUACCGGAUCAGCCGAACUGGAACGGCGGACUAUACUCGACCGCGCACUUUCCCCACCCAAAAGGGUCGAACAUACACACCAUGACGGGUUGCGGUGAUGCGCUCCUCACCACGACAUCAAGUGGGCUGGUCUCGCUUUGGAACGCGCGGUCCCCAUGGCAAGCCCCAGCCACGCUCACCCUUCCCCCUACAACCCGCGCCUGGUCUACCCUUCUGACGCCCAGCUUCGCCUACCUUGGACUGCACGAUCGGAUCGCUAUCCACGCCGUCAACCCCUCCUCCAUCUCAUCUACCCCCUUUCGUAGUCUGGCCGGCCCAGAUCUUCCCUCCGCGUCGUCCGCAUACUCACUCCGCCUCCCACCCCCCACCUCCAUCCACAACCCCUCCAUUCUACUCUCGGCGUGGUACGAUUCCCACCUCCGGAUGCACGACCUCCGCUCCCCCUCUCCGUCCGCCGUGCAAACCUUCUCGGACCCCUGGACCUGGGCAGACGGAAGCGCCAUGUACUCUACAGCCUUCCUGGCCGAGUAUCACAUAGCGGGCGGGGGCGCGCGGCACGGCACAGUCUCCCUCUUUGACACCCGCUUCCCCAAGUCGGGCUGGUCUUGCUUCUCUCCAGGAGGGAAGGGAUCGCCCGUGUAUGCGAUGGAAGGUGAAGGAGGAAGAUUAUGGGGAGUGACGGAGAAAAGGGCGUUCGUGCUAGCCUUUGACGGGUCGGCGGCGCCAACAGCGGAAGGAGGCGCGGGAGGCGGGCUCGUGGAGUACACGGCGAGGGCGAGGCGGACGAGAGUUGUUGAGAAGCCGAAUGGGCGUAAUAAGAAGGGCAGGGAUUGGGGCUGGUCGGUCAAGCCGCGAGAGGUGGAUCGAGGGAGAUAUGGGGAUGGCGAGGAGGAACAGGGAGAGAGUGCGGUGGGGUAUGAUCAUAAUGAAGGGGGAGGGGUCAAGCUGUUUGACUCCAUUGCUGUACCUUAA